GGUCACGUGGUUUGGGAACGCGCGGCUAGACUCACCUGCGCGCUCAUGGGCACGCCCAUACCUGGACGAUUCAGGAAAUCUGGGAUUGUACACAGAAUCGAGCUGUUCAAUCUUUUUCUGGAAGUGUCCAGUCGCAUAUCACAAGGAAUCCCGCGUGUUUCUGUCAAGAGUUUACGGCGCUUCAGUAUCGGCCUCUCUAAAGUGACCAGUCCAACCAAAUAGAGUUAUUCCGAUCAAGCCGCUCCAACAGGGAAAGGUUUUCCUUGACCUACGAAACUCAAUAUUUGUGUCUGCGACGCCUCUCUGCUCCAAGCUACCCAGCCCUUUUACAGAACCCAGUCAUGGAGGAGACGGUGUGGGAGCAGUACACUGUGACCCUACAGAGGGACUCCAAGAUGGGCUUUGGCCUUGCUGUGUCUGGAGGGCGGGACAACCCAAACGAAGAAAGUGGAGAAAUGUCAAUUGUCGUAUCUGAUGUGCUGCAAGGGGGUCCUGCAGAUGGCUUGCUAUUCGAAAAUGACAGAGUGAUCCAGGUCAACGCUGUGCCCAUGGACGGUGUCCCACACUCCUUUGCAGUGCAGACUCUCCGCAAAUGUGGCAAAGUAGCCAAAAUCACGGUUAAGAGAUCUAGAAAAAUUCCCGUCAACGUGCUUAAACGUGCCCCAUCUCCAGAUGACCGUGUUUUCAGUGGCGACUACAAUGAUGACUAUGAUUACGACCAGGACCGGCGCAGCAUCUACAGCGGACGCAGCUACCCUGAUCGUGAUGCCAGCUUGGAGCGGGAGCGUGGCUAUCCAGACGAGCGGGGGCGUGGCUAUGAGCGCAGUCGCGGGAGGAGCAUGGAGCGAGGUGUGAGCCCCGACAGACCGUACAGAAGAGACGGCAGCCGUGGGCGAAUCCUGGACCACGAGCGCAGUCCCGAUCGGCAUCACCGAAGUGACCACAACCUGGAUCGCGACCAUAGUCCAGACCGACGUUUCCGAAGUGACCGCACGCUGGACCGCAACUACAGUCCAGAUCGACGCUAUCGCAGCGAACACACCCUGGACAGAGAACGAAGUCCAGACAGACGAUACCGCAGUGACCGUACACUGGACAGAUCCCAUAGUCCAGAUACUCCACACAGGCCAGAACCUGCUCGUGGCUACAGUAGAGAGAAUUUAGCCAGUGACCAUGAGCGCAGGAGGUACGAUCACCGCCAGGACGAACCCAUUAAGAGGAGUAACAGUCGAGACCAGCUGGAUAUCUUGCCCCCACCACGACACGAACCCUUGGAGAAGCCGCUCAGUGUGACUCUUCUAAAGAGCCACCCCAAUGAUGAAUAUGGCCUCCGUCUUGGCAGUCAGUUGUUCAUCAAAGAGAUGACGAGCACAGGCCUGGCAUCCAAAGAAGGCAAACUACAAGAAGGCGACGUUAUUCUGAAAAUUAAUGGUACGGUCACAGAGAAUCUGUCUCUGAGCGACGCAGGAAAGCUGAUUGAGAAGUCUCGUGGGAAGCUGCAGCUGAUGGUGCAGAGGGAUCGCAGUAAGGUUCUCAUCCGAAUCCCACCCAUGGCAGACAGCGACUCGGAAAUGGAUGAUAUCUCAGAGAUUGAGUCGUACCGCUCGUAUUCUCCUCAGGAAGAUAGGCGGAGCCAUCACUCAGACCUCUCAUCACACUCCUCUAAUGAGAGGCUACAGGAAAAAAACAGAGAUGAGCCUCCUAGCAGACUGGCUAAAAUGGGAGCGAUGCCGACUCCAUUCAGAGCAGCGCCAGCGGAGCUGCCACCUCCACCUGUAGAGAAAGACGAGCCUCGCAGUGAGUCUCCAGGACAGUGGCCCUCCAGGACAGACACCCCUGGACUAGAAGAAACAGAUGAUGAGAGUGUUUUUUUAAUAUAUGCAGUUCCUGUGGUAAAUGCUGCUCCAAAAAGUGUUCCGGUAAAAGCCAAAAGUCUACCAAAAGUUCCCUUGCGGCCCAGUCUGGAGGACCAGGAAAUUUAUGGCUCCAACACAGUGAUGGUGCGCUUUCAGAAGGGCGAUAGUGUUGGCCUGCGUCUUGCUGGAGGAAAUGAUGUGGGUAUUUUUGUCGCUGGUGUUCAGGAGGACAGCCCUGCUGACGUGGAAGGACUCCGCACUGGAGACCAGAUCAUGAAGGUAAAUAAUAUGGAUUUCAGAGGAAUGGUCCGGGAAGAUGCAGUUCUGUUUUUGCUGGAGAUUCCCAAAGGAGAAGAUGUGACCAUCUUGGCUCAAAGCAAACCUGAUGUAUAUAAAGACAUCCUGGCGUCUGGACGAGGGGAUAACUUCUUCAUCAGAACUCAUUUUGAGUACGAGAAAGAGCUUCCUCAGAGCUUGACCUUCUCCAGAGGAGAGAUAUUUAAAGUGGUGGACACCCUGUAUGAUGGAAAGCUGGGUAACUGGCUCGCCAUCCGCACGGACAAAGACAAUCAGCUCUUGGAGAAAGGCAUCAUACCCAGCAAGAGCAGAGCGGAGCAGAUGGCAAAUGUUCAGAAUGCACAGAAAGGUGCUGGCAAUGACAGAGGAGAUUUCUGGAGGCUCAGAGGUCAAAGAGCAGCCAAGAAAAAAGAUCUUCGCAAGAGCAGAGAGGAUCUCAGUGCUACACCAGUCACUACACGCUUCCCAGCCUACGAGAGAGUGGUGCUGCGCGAAGCUGGAUUUAGACGACCUGUCGUAAUAUUCGGCCCUAUUUCAGACGCGGCCAAUGAAAAACUUGGGAAUGAUCUUCCAGAUGAGUUUAUUGUCGCAAAGACAGAACCUAAAGACGCGGGCUCAGAGAAGUCGUCUGGUGUGGUGAGACUGAAUACUAUUCGUCAGAUCAUUGAGCAGGAUCGACACGCUCUGCUUGACGUCACUCCAAAGGCUGUAGACACCCUAAAUUACACCCAGUGGUAUCCCAUCGUCAUUUUCCUCAACCCAGAUAGCAAGCAGGGGGUGAAGACUAUGAGAAACCGCCUGGUUCCUGGCUCCAACCGCAGCUCACGCAAGCUUUACGAACAAGCAGUUAAACUGCGGAAAACCUGCUCACACCUGUUCACUGCUACCAUUGAUCUGAACUCUUCCCAUGAUGCCUGGUUUGGAAGUCUCAAGGAAGCCAUACGAGAACAACAAGAUAAAGCCGUCUGGGUCUGUGAAAGCAAGCUUGAUGGAUCUGAAGAGGAGUUGGAUCUCCAUGACGACCGUAUGUCAUACCUGUCGGCCAUGAGCGCAGACUACCUAAGCAUGGACAGCCGCCUGACCAGUGACUACGAGGAUACAGCGGAUGAGGGCGGCGCAUAUACAGAUAACGAACUUGAUGAAUCCACCGACGAGCCACAGCCCAUGUCGGCGAUUAGUCGCUCGUCUGAGCCUGUUAGUGAGGAGAGGCCCAUGCCUGUUCCCCAAGAGCGUUCAAAGAAACCUGCGAGCAGAGAGGUGCAGCGGGACCCCAGCCCGCCUCCAUCAUUUGUUCCAGAACCCCCUAAGGUCAGGUCAGCUUCACGUCCUGCUGACUCCAGGAGUUUUGACUCCCGUUCCAGCAGCACAAUCAGCAGUGAUGUUCCUGUCAGCACCAAACCCCUUCCACCGCCAGUAGCCCAGAAGCCCAGUUUCACGAUGAGGACAGGCCCAGCUGACGAAAUGACCUCUAACGACCCUGCCGAUGACCCUGCCAACCGCACCUUCCGGGGAAAGGUGAAGGCUUUUGAGCAAAUGGACCACCUGGCCCGGGCCAAAAGGAUGCUCGAGCUCCAGGAGGCUGAACAAGCACGGCUGGAAAUAUCUCAGAAACAUCCGGAUAUUUACGCAGUUCCCCACAAGCCGAAACCAAACCAAAACAGGCCACAACCAAUUGGUUCCAGCUCAAAUUCUGAGUCCCAGAGCUCCUCCAAACCACCAUAUUCAGAGAGCCGCUCUCACUACCGCGCUGAUGAAGAUGAGGAGGAAUAUCGACGCCAGCUGGCUGACCAAACCCGCAGAGGCUUUUACAAUCCCCAGAAAUACAACGACACUGAACUGUAACUCCCAAUGUCCCAUAAACCUCAUGGGCUGUACAGAGUCACAACAGAACAAGCCGAGUCUCUUCAAUGUGUCGGAUCUGUGUUGGGAUAUUUCCUGUGCAUGUCAUUGUCCACAAACCAUCUCUUGGAGCCACAGACAGCAGAUGGGAUAUUGUUCGCCACAUGCAUACACGCAGUAUAAACGUGCAAUUUAUAAAACAGCAUCUUUUUAUACCUGCAACGUUUUUAUAUGAAAUUUCACUGUAUAUUUCAUGUCUGCUUGUGAUUUUUUUUUUUUUUUUUUUUUUUCCCAGAAUAUUUUGUACGUCUUUAGUUUUUUAUUUUCCCACUUUGCCAUGUAUCUGUUUCUAAUGAAAGCAACUAGAUGGAGUUCACGUUACACUUUCCUCAUUAACACUACUGAAAUUUGCCAUAAACCAAAAGUGAAAGUGGGUUAAAUGUUAUUUUCCCAAAACAUUUACUGGAGUGCCUUAAUGUCAUUGAUCAAACGUGUAUUAACUGAAGUUUAGCAAAAUAUUGUAUUCUUGCUGCAUAUAUUACUAUGCUAUAAUUAUGUUAAAACUGGCUUAUGAUAAGAUAAUGUGUAAUGUUCACACUAUUGUUAUGCAUCUAUGAUCAGUGCUUUGGGAUUAACUACUAAUAAAACACAGAUUUGUGGAAUUUUUAAAUUUUAAAGACAAAUAAAUAAACCUGACUUUUAAUA